AUAACUUGCAUAACAUAACCAGUGGUGUCCACUGAGAGAUUGUUAUUGUGUUUUGUGAUAAAUAUUAUUGGAUUUCCUGUGUGAUUUUACAUGAUUUGCGAAUAGAUAAUCUUUAACAGAAGAUGCUUCCCCCUAAGCUGAAAAUAUUGAUGAUUGGCCCCUCUGAAAGUGGCAAGACACAAAUUGCUAACUUUAUAUCAGAGUCCAUGAAUAUAGACGAGUGGUAUGGAACACCCAGGCCUACCCAAGGAGUCAGAAUAGUUGAAUUCGAAGUGUCCAAUUUGAGUAUUAACGGAAAAAUUACUAACAUUGAUAUUGAACUUUGGGAUUGUAGUGGCGACCAUAAAUUUGAACCUUGUUGGCCAACACUAAGAGUGGGUGUACAUGGUGUGAUUCUCGUGUGUUCGCCAAGCACGGCUCAAGCAGCGGCCAGAGGAAUGGAACUUUUAUAUAACUACUUUGUAUCACAGCCAAAGUUGUCGCCGAAACAAUGUGUCCUUUUUUAUAAUUGCACUGAUGAAAAUGACGAUAUCGACGCUUUGAACUUAUCUGCUACGUUCACUAAGGUAUCACAAGUCGCUAUAAACUUAAAGAGUGGCAGUAAUAGACUGAAAAUAGAUUUUUCAAACUAUAUAGCAUCAGUUUUACAGACAAUAAAUAUGGAAGGAUAACUGAA